GCAGUCCUGAGGAAAAUUCCCUUUUGAAGCUUCUGUCUGCUUUGCAGGGAAAUUCGCACAUGCAACUGUUUAAAAUGGGCUCAGGUUUCAGUCAUUGAACUCAACAGAGGAGAGGUUGGUCCAGGUCAGUACUAAGCCCUUUGAAAGCCUACACCAAAAACUUUCUUCUGGAAAUGGGAUGAAGGAUGGCUCGCACAGUUUCUGCAGUUGGUGUUCUUCUUCUGUUUGGACUUCUGCUGCCCACAACAGAGGGGAAUAAGAGGAAUGUUGGCUCCCAAGGCGCCAUCCCCCCUCCUGACAAAGAUCAGCCCAAUGACUCGGAACAGACGCAACAGCAGCCACCGCCACGGCGGCAGCCAGGCACCAGAACCCGUGGCAAGGAGAAAGUCAACACUCCAUCUGCUGAAGAGGUACUGGAGUCAAGCCAAGAGGCACUGCAUGUCACCGAGCGAAAGUACCUGAAGCGGGACUGGUGCAAGACGCAGACCCUGAAGCAAACCAUCCAUGAGGAAGGCUGCAACAGCCAGACUAUUAUCAACAAAUUCUGUUACGGACAGUGCAAUUCCUUCUACAUCCCCAGGCAUGUCCGCAAAGAGGAAGGCUCCUUCCAGUCCUGUUCCUUUUGCAAACCUAAGAAGUUCACCACCAUGUCUGUUACACUGAACUGCCCAGAGCUGCAGCCCCCAAGGAAGAAAAAGAGGAUCACACGAGUUAAAGAAUGCCGCUGUAUAUCCAUAGACUUGGACUAGGAGAUGCCAUGUGGGAUAUUCCAGCUGUUGUCAUUGCUUCCUUGGCUACAGGUGCUUAAAGCAGUUAGGUCUGAAUGGGACACAAACCAGAGAAUUGCAACAAUCAAUGUAUGUUUAUCUGUGUUCAAGUGUGAACUUAUACAUCAAAUACAAAAGCAUGCGUAUGGAGUCACACUACCACUUGGGGUGCAAGUUGUCACUUAAUCCUAUUCUUAGGUUCAGUAUCUCACUAAUUCACCUGUGUGCUGCGGCCCCUGCACUUCCAUCUUUCACCAUUUUCUGUGCCAUUGACUCUUGUAUCUGUUGUAAGUGGGGGCAUUAAUGUGCUCUAGAUCCAGUUAUUUCUACAAGAAAAUGUUAAAAGGGGUUUGGUAGUGGACUGUUACAGAAGCUCGCAUUGAUAAUGAUACUUAAUAAAUGAUGUAUUUAUAACUGGAA